GGACUGAUAAUGGAUUAUGCCGGAGGCUAUUUCGUCGACGAGCAAGCAGUUCACGUCGAGAGCAUCUUCUAUGAAUUUCUUAAAAGGUUUAGGCUUGAUGGUUCACUCCAACCAGUUUACGAAGCAGAAGUAGAGGAUUUGAAGCCGAAUGAACCAAACACCAUGUUCAUCGAUUUCUCUCAUGUUAUGCGCCACAGUAGUCAUCUCCAGAUGGCUAUUUCUGACGAGUUUAUCAGGUUCGAGCCAUGCUUGAAGAAUGCCUGCAAGAGGUUUGUGAUGGAACUAAAGCCCACAUUUAUCACAGAUGAUAACCCCAACACGGACAUCAAUGUAGCUUUUUUUAACCUCCCUUUGCUGAAAAGAUUGCGGGAAUUGGCUACAGCUGAUAUUGGAAGAUUGGUUUCUGUGAGUGGAGUUGUCACUAGGACAAGUGAGGUUCGACCUGAGCUUCUUUAUGGGACUUUCAAGUGUCUGGGAUGUGGAGCCCUCAUGAAGAAUGUUGAACAGCAGUUCAAAUACACUGAGCCAAUAAUCUGCACCAAUGCAACUUGCAACAACAAGGGAAAUUGGUUAUUGCUUCGGCAAGAGAGCAAGUUUGCAGAUUGGCAGAGGGUUAGGAUGCAGGAAUCUUCUAAAGAAAUUCCAGCUGGUUCCCUUCCCAGAUCAUUGGAUGUAAUUCUUCGCCAUGACAUUGUUGAACAAGCAAGAGCUGGUGACACGGUUAUUUUUACAGGCUCGGUUGUUGUGAUCCCUGAUAUCGCGGCCUUGGCCUCUCCUGGAGAGAGAGCUGAAUGCCGUAGAGAUUCUUCCCAGCGCAGGAAUGCUUCUGCUGGUGAAGGUGUGAGGGGUCUUCGAGCUUUGGGAGUGAGGGAUCUCUCAUAUAAACUUGCUUUCAUUGCCAAUUCUGUUCAGAUUUCUGAUGGAAGAAGAGGUACAGAUAUCAGAAAUCUAAGGAAGGAUUCGGAUGCAGAUGACAAGAUAGAGUUCACGGAAGAGGAUAUGAAUGAACUACAACAAAUUCGCAACACCCCAGACUUUUUCAAUAAGCUGGUUGAUAGCAUUGCCCCAACUGUAUUUGGUCACCAGGAUAUCAAGCGAGCCAUCCUACUUAUGCUGGUGGGUGGUGUUCAUAAAGUUACCCAUGAAGGCAUCAACCUCAGAGGGGAUAUCAAUGUCUGUAUAGUAGGUGAUCCCAGCUGUGCAAAAUCUCAAUUCCUCAAGUAUACUGCUACUUUAGUUCCAAGAUCUGUCUACACAUCUGGUAAAUCUUCAUCUGCGGCUGGUUUGACUGCAACUGUGGCAAAGGAACCUGAAACAGGGGAGUUUUGUAUUGAGGCUGGAGCUUUGAUGCUUGCUGACAAUGGAAUCUGUUGCAUUGAUGAGUUUGACAAGAUGGACAUCAGAGAUCAGGUUGCAAUCCACGAAGCAAUGGAACAACAGACGAUAAGCAUAACUAAGGCAGGAAUACAAGCAACACUAAAUGCUCGCACAUCAAUAUUGGCUGCAGCAAAUCCCACUGGUGGACGCUAUGACAAGACCAAACCACUAAAGUAUAAUGUGGCUCUGCCACCGGCAAUCCUUUCUAGGUUUGAUCUGGUAUACAUAAUGAUCGACGAUCCAGAUGAUCAAACCGACUAUCAUAUUGCUCACCAUGUUGUUAGAGUACACCAAAGGCGUGAAGAAGCUCUUUCUCCUGCGUUUACUACUGCACAGUUGAAGCGUUACAUUGCUUAUGCAAAAACUCUAAAGCCAAAGCUAAGCCAGGAUGCCAGACAAUUAUUGGUGGAUUCCUACGUUACUCUUCGUAUGGGUGAUACAGCUCCUGGAAGUAGAGUUGCUUAUCGCAUGACGGUUAGGCAACUGGAGGCAUUAGUCAGGCUUUCAGAGUCUGUGGCUCGGAUUUAUCAUGAACCUCAGGUUGAGCCAAGGCAUGUCAAGAUUGCUGUGAGAUUGCUUAAAACCUCAAUAAUCAGUGUUGAAUCAACCGAGAUUGAUUUGUCAGAUUUCCAAGAUGUAAACAAUGUAGCUACAGAUGGCGGUGGGUCUGAUGAAACUGAAGCACAGCCAGCCAGCAGUCCAUCGAAGGCGACUGGGGCAACUGAAGAAAAUGUAGGGGGGCCAUCAGGCAAACAAGGAAAGAAACUAGUGAUUACUGACGAGUAUUUCCAAAGGGUUACACAAGCACUGGUAGCUCGGCUCAGACAGCACGAACAAAGCAUAGAACGGGAAGGGAGAGGGCUAGCUGGAAUGAGACAGAGAGAUUUGAUUCAAUGGUAUGUGACUCAGCAAAAUGAGAAGAACAAUUACAGCUCAACUGAGGAGGCUGCAGCUGAAGUUACUAAACUCAAGGCGAUAAUCGAGAGUCUGAUAAGAAGAGAAGGACAUCUGAUAGUGGUGGAUGAUGGUAGUAGUAGGCAGGAGGAAGAAGAAGCUCAAGUCAUGCCGCAACAGCCUCCAUCAAGAAAUGAGAGGAUUCUAGCUGUUGCUCCUAAUUAUGUCGUAGAUUGAUUGUUUGUUUGUUUGAUCCUUAAUGCUUGUUAUUCUCUCCAAUUUUCAAUUUCUAUACUCUUGUUUUGGUGGAGCCACAAAGACAAGAACUAAUAUUGUCUAUGUCUGUCUUCAGAAUUUGACUAUACUUAUUAAAGUAGCUUAAUUUAAAUCAAAGACAGGCAAGAAUGAUGUUUUUCAUGACAUUAUUAUUAUUUUCAUAUGAAAGAUGUUGAUUUUUGU